AUGAAAACUGGGAGGACCAGACCGCUCCGAGUCUUCGACAUCUUGGUUCCUCCUUGGCCUCCCACGGUACCGCACCGGAUAAAACUGCCAAGAGGAAAGACAAAUUGGUUCGAGUUUUACUCUGCGAUUACACGGAAUUGGAAUAAGCUCAAAGGCUUGAAAAAUUGCUGGCAAAUUUGGAAGGACGUCCAAGAGAUUAUUCGACGGAUCAGAAAGUAUCAAGGAGAGUCGACCGUCAUGCAAGGUCCAGGAAACAACGAUGGCGCCCAUCCGUACGCAACCAUGGCUGGGAAGCUAGAUUCCAAACUCCUUCAAGCCCUCAAAGUGAUGGAGUUUGAGUACAUGACACCCGUCCAACACCGUGUUCUAACAGAGCUUCCAAGCUGGCGCAGUGACUGUCUGGUCCAGGCCAAAACUGGCACAGGCAAAACCCUUGCUUUUUUGCUACCUACGUUACACUGUUUACUCCAAGGUCAUUCGGCGCCACCAAGAGGUCAGGUCGCUAUUUUGAUCAUUACGCCAACACGAGAGCUUGCUCAGCAAAUUGCAAAGUCCUGCGAUCAGCUUACAUCGCAACUUGCGAGGCCUCUUGAGUGCCACAUUGCAGUGGGUGGAACAGCUCGGGCAUCUGCUCUGGCGCGUUUCAUGAAGGGGGCACCGUCCAUCCUUGUAGCAACCCCGGGACGACUAAAAGAUUAUCUGUCCGAACCUUCCACGGCUGAAAAAUUGUCUAACAUUCAAACGUUGAUCUUGGACGAAGCCGACACGAUGCUUGAGAGCGGCUUUCUAGCUGAUGUGAAGCGAAUCCUCCAACUCAUUCCACCAAAGAGCACUGGCUGGCAAGGUAUGUGCUUUUCAGCCACUGUUCCACCCAAAGUCAAGGACGUGGUCAGUGUUGUGUUGAAGCCAGGCUACACCAGCAUUUCAACCAUCGAAAAGAAUGAAACACCGACGCAUGAGAGAGUUCCCCAGUACCACGUGUUGAUACCGUCCGUGGCAGACACCUUUACUACUCUCGCCUCCCUUCUCAACCUUGAAAUCAAGAACAGCUCUAAAAUCAUUGUCUUCGGGGUCACUGCAAACAUGGUCGCUCUUUUCGCUGCAGCCUUCUCUCAGGGUUUGACGCCUUUGAAGGUGUUUGAAAUCCAUUCCAGGCUCAGCCAGAGCGCUCGCACGAAAACUACAGCUUUGUUUAAGGAGGCAGCGACCGGAAUUAUGUUCGCCUCAGAUGUCAUUGGUCGUGGCAUGGAUUUCCCUAAUGUCGACCUGGUCAUCCAGGUCGGUCUGCCCUCAAAUGGCGAACAGUACGUUCAUCGUGUCGGUCGUACAGCCCGUGCUGGCAAUGAUGGUCGCGCUAUCAUCCUCCUCACAGAAGCCGAGUCUUUCUUCAUGAAGGUCAAUCGCCACUUGCCCAUUCAGCCUCAUCCCCAGACUGACGCGAUCAAUGCGGGCGCCUCCUCAUGCGCCGAUGCCGUUACUAAGGCCAUGUACAGCAUUGGUGAAGAGACAAAGCAGCGCGCUUACUCAUCCUACAUAGGUUUCUUUGCGGGAUCCGGUCUCUUGAAGCAGGUCCGUCUGGAUAAACCCGGCCUCGUUCAACUCGCGAAUGAGUUGGCCAUACAGGGAAUGGGAUGUCCUGAACCCCCACCAAUGGAUAAAAAGGUCGUGGGCAAGAUGGGUUUGAAGGGUGUACCUGGAUUUAAUUAUGCGACUGGAAAUGAUUUGAAUGGGGACCGUCCUGCCAGACCGCGUGGGCGUCCUGGGAACAAGACUCGUGAUGUACUCAGUCCUGGAGCUGGUCAAGGAGAUCGUAGAGGUUCGGUCUCCAAGAAUCGUGGAGGACGUCGCGGUGGCGGGCGUGGAGGUCGUGGAGGGCGUGGAGGAAAGCCGAGAGCAGCAUGA